UGAUGUAACAUUGAUCUAAACAAUGAAUAAAUAUAUGACAUAAAAUUUCAUAGGCGAGUGGGAAAAGAAAAGAAAAGGCAUGUUGUCUUGACCACACUUCUACGUUUGGGACAAACUCUGCAUCUUUCUCCUCUUCUUCUGCUACUUUGUUCACUCACUUACUAAACCUUUGCUUGAUCUUCCUCAACAACUACAUUUUAAAGGGAUUAAAAAAAAAAAGGGUAUCUCAAAUUUACAAUAAUUGCAUUAUUAGGGCAAAAGAUUUCGAGAACCGAGACGAUUCAAUCCAAUCAACCAUUCCAGAUCGAACGGACGAACAUUGAUCGCAUUUCAGAUCUGUAUCUCCUCUCCAGCUUCUUCUACUGAUUCUAUCAAUCCCAGUUAUGACAACAGCAUAUUCAGAAACAGAUUUGGCUUAUCAUAAAUCAUCUUCUAAUGAAUAAACAGCAAUUGAACUGAAGGUGUACCUCUUAUCUGCGAAAAUAUCGCGGACUUGUGUUGCUUGAUUUUUGGAUUGGAAGGCAUCUAUCAGAAAUUUAGCUAGAUUGGUGGAGGCCUGCUAGCCAAAUCGCAAAGUGGCAUAGAAGAAAAGAUGAAGAUCAGCAAACAACUUGUGUUGACGUAUAUAUAUCUGCUUGUCUAUAUACUGCUUUCCUCAGGAGUUAUUUUGUACAACAAGUGGGUACUUUCACCAAAAUAUUUCAAUUUCCCGUUACCAAUAACACUUACCAUGAUUCAUAUGGGCUUCUCAGGCUUAGUAGCUUUCCUUCUUAUCCGUGUCUUCAAGGUUGUAUCUCCUGUCAAAAUGACGUUUGAAAUAUAUGCGACGUGUGUGAUUCCCAUUAGUGCUUUCUUUGCUUCAAGUCUGUGGUUUGGAAACACAGCUUAUCUGUUCAUUUCUGUAGCUUUUAUCCAGAUGCUCAAAGCUCUAAUGCCAGUGGCCACCUUUGUCAUGGCUGUUAUUUGUGGAACUGACAAGUUAAGAUGCGAUGUAUUCUUGAACAUGCUGUUGGUCAGCGUUGGUGUCGUAGUAUCCUCCUAUGGAGAAAUUCACUUCAACAUAGUUGGUACAUUUUAUCAAGUCACUGGAAUAUUUGCUGAGGCGCUUAGGCUGGUCUUAACUCAAGUUCUACUUCAGAAGAAGGGAUUAACUCUGAAUCCUAUCACCAGCCUAUAUUACAUAGCUCCAUGCAGCUUUGUCUUUCUUUUUGUCCCAUGGUAUCUUCUGGAGAAGCCUGAGAUGGAAGUCUCACAGAUUCAGUUCAACUUCUGGAUUUUCUUUUCAAAUGCACUUUGUGCUCUUGCUCUGAAUUUCUCAAUCUUCUUAGUGAUUGGUAGAACUGGUGCUGUAACCAUCCGAGUUGCCGGUGUCUUGAAAGAUUGGAUACUUAUUGCCCUUUCAACUCUAAUUUUUCCAGAGUCGACAAUAACCACUCUUAAUAUUACAGGCUAUGCCAUUGCAUUAUGCGGUGUUGUGAUGUAUAACUACAUAAAGAUCAAGGAUGUUCGAGCUGUUCAACUUCCUGUAGAUAGCGUUACUGAUCGAAUAGCUAAGGAACUUAAGAUGGAGAAGAAGUCAUCUGAUCUCUAUGUGCCAGACGAUAUUGCUAAGAACAGUGGAGGAAAAGGUACAAGGAAUGGGUCUCCCGAUUCAAUAGUGGAUGAGGAAGCACCCUUUAUUCCUUCAAGUAGGGUCUCUCAUCUUGGGCGAAGCCCACUUAGCAGCUACUCAGCGUGAGAACCGUUAUUUCUUUUAGGUGUCAUUUCGGGUUCAUUUUUUAGAAUCACAGUAUCAAGCAGAUUGAUGAGAUCUUGUCUUGUUCAUACGCCCUCCACCAUUUAGUAAGAAUUGCAUUUCUUUGCAGGGUAUUACUGCCAUUAAAGUUGAUACUAGUUAUUUAUUGUAAUAUUGUUUUAGGCUUGCUAUAUUCAAUGAAAUAUUGAUAGGUAGAGUGUAUGCUUAUGCACGGUAUCCAUAGUUGAGUUAUUUCUCACUAUGCCUUGGCAAGGAAAAUCUUGAUCAUAGAUUUUAGCUGAGGCAACUUUCUGGGACUCUGGUGUAGAAAUUGACAGUACUUCAGGUUCUUUGUACGGUUUUCUCACAUUAAACUGAUUCAUGGAUCCAAUUCUUUUCUUUGUUUCCGGAGGGACUUUAACUGCUAA